GUAGUACAUAUAGACAGGGACAGAGAGAGAGAGAGAGAGUGUCUCUCGCUUUCUCAUCUCUCCUCUCUGCCGGUCGGUCCCUCGCCCUCGCGCCUCCCUCACUAUCCCUCGUCGUCGAGUAUGCGUAAUUGCGUGUACACCACGUGCUCGUAAGAAAUAGCCUUCGCUUUCGAUUGUAGUCGUUCCCUCCCUGUUGUUGCUCUCUCUUCGAUGGACCGAUGGACGAUCCACCACGGUCAGUCGAGUGUCGAGUCCUAUGUCCCGUGCGUCCAGUGGUGGUCCUCACUCCUCACCCUGAGGUACUCAGGCUGAGUCCCUGUUAGUUUCGGUGGAACCAUUCGGUAUGGUGGACGUGCGCCGUGUCAGAAACCUGGAAGAUACCGAGGUCGCCCGAAGAAGCCAACCGUACUCGUUCGUUGCGUACACGCAUAAAACGUAAUCGCUUGCUCGAAGAGGUACUAACUGAUAUUACACACUAGUGUGUACAUAAGACGACGGUACACCACGGGUACGGUCCACACGGCGAAAAUGUUUAAGAAGAUAGUCGUGGGUAUAUCCGGCGGGGUGGAUAGUGCCGUAGCAGCACUGUUUUUGAGAAACAAAGGAUUCAAUGUCACCGGAGUGUUCAUGAAGAAUUGGGACAUCAAGGACGAAACGGGAGUAUGUCAAGUUGAGGAGGAUUACGAGCAUGCUCAAUGGUUAUGCGAUAAAAUAAAGAUUCCUUUGGUCGAAGCAAACUUCGUAAAGGAGUAUUGGAAUCAUAUCUUUUGUUAUUUGACAGAACAAUAUGAGAAUGGACGUACGCCGAACCCUGACGUUCUGUGCAACAAGCUGAUCAAAUUCGACCACUUUUAUAAGUUCGCCCGUACCGAGCUUCGGGCAGAUGCCAUCGCGACUGGACACUAUGUUAGAACCAGUUUCGGCUCUUACCUCGAACGUUUCGUACCAAAUGCCGACGUUAAGUUGUAUCGAGCACGAGACAAGAAGAAAGACCAAACGCUUUUCUUGUCCCAAGUACCACAGGAGGCACUACGUAGUUCUAUGUUCCCCCUCGGGGACUACUUGAAGACUGACGUGAAACAGAUUGCUCGAGAGGCUGGAUUGGACGUGAUCGUUCGGAAGAAAGAAAGCUAUGGAAUAUGUUUCGUGGGUAAACGAAAUUUUCCAAGCUUUAUAUCCGAGUAUAUACCCGAGAAACCUGGAGAACUCGUAGAUCUCGACGAUGGCCGAGUCGUGGGAAACCACUCGGGUUUUCAUCACUGGACAGUGGGUCAACGACUGAAAUUGCCGAACCACCAGUUCAGGUACUUUGUAUACAAGAAGGACGCGGAAACGAACAACAUUAUCGUGGUAAGAGGGACGAAUCAUCCCGCGCUCUAUACAGACUUUCUAACAACGGAACCACCUCAUUGGAUAUCGUCGGAACCGAAAGAAUUCACUUCCUUCGGUAGAAUGUUGAAUUGUCAUUUCCGAUUUCAACACAAAGAUUCCUUGGUCCCCUGUAUCGUUCAUAAAGAUUCGAAGAAUCAGUUACUCAUUCGAAUCAAUCAACCACUGAGGGCGAUUACAAAUGGACAAUUUGCCGUCUUGUACAAUGACGAGGAGUGUCUAGGUAGCGCUGCGAUCACGUACUGCGGUCCAUCGUACUUUUCUCUAGGCCGAGAGUUGAGAAGCGAGGACCAGAACCAGAAACUUGACGAAGGACAAAAACAAACAGCCGACAGGACCAUCUGCUGAUGAUCAUACGUUUCAUCAUUGCAUUUUAUUGGAAAAAUAAAUCUCACGUUGCUGAUCAGUCUGGUUUAACGGAA